AUGACAGGAGCAACAUGCAUUGAACUUGCCGGCACCUCACCACCGGAUGAGGUUGGUUUGAAUGAUCAAGACAUAGAGCAGUUGCUUUACGAGGCUGAAGAUCGACUAAGACCCAGUAAUGUCAAAGUCGAUGCAGCUGGUGCCGUUGACUCGGCUGAUGAUGGUAUAGACGCCACUUCAAUACAUAUCCCAAAAUUGGCAUCUGUGGAUUCUCUGCGACCAUAUCUCUGGCAGCACGGGGAUAUCGCAGUUGUCGGUCCAGGACAAAUCACGGAGAAUCGCAAGGAUAUGCUACAGCCUAACAGGCACUUGGCUGGAGUCAAUGCACCAAAAUCAAGUUCCAAGGACAAACCUACGGCCGGCAGCGCUUGGUUCGAUCUUCCGAAGACGGAGUUGACGACAGAAUUCAGGAGGGACCUCCAGUUACUCCGAAUGCGUUCGGUACUGGACCCAAAGAGGCACUAUAAAAAGGAAGGCGGCAAAGCACAUCCUCCUAAGUACUCUCAAGUGGGAACCAUUAUCGAAGGCCCAACAGAAUUUUUCAGUAGCCGGAUUGCAAAGAGAGAUCGAAAGAAGACAUUUGUUGAAGAAGCAUUGGCUGUUGAGCGGGAAAACAAGCGAUUUGAAGCUAAGUAUAGGGACAUUCAGACCCUAAAGCAGAGCGGCAAACGGUCCUACUACAACAAGUUGCGAGGGAGAAGGAACACCAAGAUGAAGUGA